UUAAACUGCAAGGCAAAGCAGAUUGAAUCAAUAUUUCUGGCGGGAAGUAUAGAGGAGUGAGAUUGUGAGUUAGUAUUCAUUACGACGAACACAAUUUUGUUUGUAAUUAUGACAGGAAUAUAUUCAUUAUCUCUCGGCCUGGUGUACCUACCUUUGAUUAGUCCUUUAACUUCCACUCUGUGGAGUGCAGUCUAUAACACUGACACCUGCACGUGCCCAUGCAGCGCUGCCAGAUACAACUUGUCCGCGGGAGCUGCCAUCACUGAGCAGGAAGCCAAAGAGAAAGCGGCGGAGCUGGAGAAACAACUGACCGUCGACAAGAAGGCCACCUCCUUUCUGAGCAGAACCAAACACAGUCAGCCUGACCCUCGCACAACGGCCACUUCCAUCGGGGCGGUGGGGAGCAUUAUAAUCAGCCUCGUAUUCAUAGUUCUGUGCGUAUCUGACAUAACAUCUUGUAUGAAAAAGGGCAAAGUCCAACCACGCAAGAAAAGACCGAAGAAAAGAGUCUUAAACGCUGGUGUUGUUGAUGAGAGCCACCAGGAUGAAGAGAAUAUAAGAAUAAUCACGGAUGUCUCACUGUACAGAUCCUUGCCGGAUAUAUUCCAAACCAGAACGCCACACUCAUCAGCAGACGAUAUUCACACAUUCUCUGUAGCCAAACUUUUACACGCAGUAAAUAAAUCAGUUUUCCACUUUCAAGGAUCAACCUUCAACACAGAUGAUGUUCAAGCGAGUAGCUUUCCGCCUUUGUCUGAGCCAUUACUGUCUGGUCCGAGAAAAUCCGGAAUGUUUUUUCGAGGACCUUUUCAUCGACAAGCGCAGUCAGAAAACUUCCGCCUUCAAGACUGUCUGCAGCAAGACUUCAGACAUGACAGUACCGCGGAUAUUUUUGGUGUAAAUGGAAUACAAGCACCUUAUCAGUAAAUCAGUUUAGACAAAAGUUCAUGAACAAUUAUUGCUAAAGCGUUUGUUUAAUCCAAUUGUUUUUAAUCAUACACAAAUGUUCAGCUCUGAGUUAAAGAAGAUGACUAAUCACGUAGACUUACAUCUAUCUACUUGUAUACUGAAGUAUUUUUUAAAGAAAACAUUACUAUAGGUGAAGCCAAUGCAUGUGUUUUACCUUCAUUUAAACAGUAUAGUAUCGAGUUAUCCGAAUUCUGUUCAACAUUACUUCGUAGUAUUAUAAUUUUUGUAGACUCUAUGUUAGUCUGUUCCUAUGUCUGUCUCUCUCUAAUUUUUGAUAUCAUUUAUUGCUAAUACUCGCAUAUACUUUAAGGUUUAU